AUGUCGCAGUCUGGCGGCCUCGAGACCAUCAGCAGACCUCACUCUCCCGGCUCACUGAAGCGGAAGCGUGAACACGCGCCCUCGCGACACUCACCGGCCACCUCCUCGAGUUCCACCAGACUUGCCAGCGGGUCUGCCACCAUCACUAACGGCACCUCCCACACAAUGGCACCCGCCAAUGGCGUUCGCUCGAGUCAAUACACCUCGCCAGACUCGGAUGGCACGCAGACUGACCAGAGUGAUAUGUUGCACGGCGUGGGCUCCGCGAGCUCACGCGCAAGUGUAGCCUCCUCGAAGCUCGCUUCAAACUCACAUGCCUUUGCGCACAACAGAAACUCGGCUACUGCCAAUGGCCUCACACCCCUCACCAACCACGAAGACUCUUCGCCGCCGAAAGGCAAUUCUCCGCGACACUCGAAAUCUGCCGCAGACAUGGCUUCCAUUGAUGGCACCGUUGCCGCGAAAAUACCUGCCUCGGACAGCAUUCCUGCACCUCCUUCAGAGCCAAAGCCUCGAACACAAAUGCUCCCGCCACCAGGCAAAGUGAAAGGGUACAGAGCGGUUUGGGAUCCGGAAUUGGACGGCAAGCUCAGCAAAGAAGAGCGUAAACGGGCACAAUUACGCAAAAGAGAAUUCGGCACAGAGAUAUAUGAACCUGAUCCGCCACCGGACCCGAGGUUGGCAAUACCUGGCUACAUGUCAGGACAAUGCAGGCCAAAGUCCCAGCCGAGCAAAGCCAUAUAUCGCAUUGCACCAUAUACCUUGCCACCGUUCAAAGUGGACCGCAAUUCCAUUGGACCUGGGGAGGCUCAGCAGGUGCUCGCGAUCGGGUUCGACCCAUUCUUGCCUGAAACAACUUUGCGACUGAACUUCUCCACAUUCGGCAGCGUGGCUUCGGUGCAGAACAAGACGGAUCCAGAAACAGGCAGCUUUCUCGGCAUUGCAUUGAUUAAGUAUCGAGACUCUGUUAGAGAUGGUGUCGAGGUUUCUGCAGUCAAUGCUGCAAAGAGAGCCGAGGUUGAAUUCAACGGGCAGCGUAUUGGACUACAUCCUGUCAGGGUUGAGCUUGAUCGCGAGGGCCGAAGAUGCAAGAAACAUGUGGAGGCCGUCUUGAAGAAAGCGAGGGAGGAACGCGCGAAACAACACAGUCUCUCUGCUCCUUCAGCACCUGACGGGACAUCAGCGAAGGAUUCCCCAGCACCUCCGUUGAAUGCGCCCAAAGGACCAUCUAGCAAGGCUGCGAAACCUCCCCCGGCAGGUCCUAGAGGUACACGAGAUUCGCGAGACUCAGCAAAUCCCGAUAUUCCUGCCGUGAAGACUGGAGCCGCGAUGCUCAUCGAAGACGAGCUUGUUCUGAGCAAGAUCAAGCGAAAGCCGUACAUCCACAUUCCGCAUCGUUCGGUGCCUGUUCUGGGGACUACCAUUCCUCAUCUCAAGAAGCGACUGAAGGCGUUUGACUGGCGAGAAGUGCGACUGGAUAAGACUGGCUACUACAUUGUGUUUGACGACUCGAAACGUGGAGAAGACGAGACCGAGCGAUGUUUCCAAGAGUGCAACGAGGAAGCACUGUUCACGUACAAGAUGAGCAUGGAAUGCCAAAAAUAUGGCAACCCAGACUACGAGCGAAGUCCAAGUCCGGAACGAGUGGUUGCUGAGAAGCAGAAACGCGAAGAGUUUGAGCGGCUCGAGCGCGAAGAAGCUGAGGAUCUUGAGAUUGAGAAGAAGAACAGGGCCGAGAACCUUGACCCAGUGCAAGGCGCGCUAGAACAGCUGCGAAUGGAACUACGUGACAAAAUCAUGGGCGACAUCAAGACCAGGAUUGCGAUACCGAUUUUCCACGACAGCCUGGAGCCGUCAAAGCAUGUUUCAAAGCGCAGGAAGCUUGGUUUGCCAGAUCCAUCAAACAACGAGAACAAAGCACCAGGUCUCUUGUUCAGCAAAGCUGCAGACGACUCACCUCAAACAUCAAAAUCUCGCCGCGGACAAAGACCACUCCGGCCGCACGAUCCAAACUCGCAGCGUGGCAGACGAGGGGAAAGAGACAGAGAAAGAGGCCCCAGCAAUGCAUUCGUGGACGAGAGACGACGCAAGCCAGCGCAGAGGCCUGCACACGCAAGAGGCCUACACUUUCGCCUCCAGCAAAUGUACGCCGAAGAAGAAGAUUCGGACGAUGAGCGCCACACAUCCGUUACACGCGACACGGAUGAUCAGGAAACGAGGCCACCAAGCAGAACAAGUCGCAAUUCGACGCCCUUUAACGAUUCGGAGUCUGUUACUGACACACCCAAGUCUAAGCGAAGGAAAGUCGCCGAGUGGGACGAAGAAGAGAAGGAGACGUUUGACUCGUUCCACAAGGAGAUGCUCGGUCACCUCUUGCAUAAGGAGCCUGAGGACCUUGCAACUCGCGAACUAGAGCUUGUCACCAAUACACUCCCCCGCGAUUCGAAGUAUGCCACCCGGGCGCGAACAGAGCUGUACGUUCGCCAGCGAUCGAAGGCCGACGAUGACCUGUUCCAGGUCAGGAUUGGUGUCAAACGGGACCUUGACGCAUUUCUUGACGACGGCGUCGUACCCAGCAAGGAGAAAGAUGGCACUCCCGCGGCGGAUCCCGAUGCGAAAGUCGUCAAGGAGAAGGCCAAGAAGAAGCGCAAGACCAAAAAAGAGCUGUUGGCAGAGCAAGAAGCACUCAAAGCCGAGGCGAAGAAGGCCAAGGCUGCGAGCAAAGCAAUCGCACCGGAGACCGUCGAGAAGAUCGAGCGCGAGAUUGAGGUUGCCGAUGAGGUCGAAGACAAGGACAUCGGGCUUCACUUCACGCACGACAAGCCACGGCGUACCGUUGAAGAGGAUCGUAGGGUGGCCCUCGACAUCGAUGGCUGGCAGAACUUCAUCAAAGAUGAGGAAGACAUGGCGUUUGCUCGCAGGGCUCUGGCUGAUUGUGCUGCGUACGACAUCGGCGAUGCAAAGCUAUGGGCAUGGAAACAAAAGGAGAUCAAGGCGCUGAACAGCGACGGUGCUGCUGGUCUUGCACAGCCGAAGCCUUUGAUCCAAGGCUAUUACGUGCCCAACCCAAGUGGCAGCGCGCGUACUGAGGGCGUCAAGAAGAUCUUGAACGAGGAGAAGUCUAAGUACCUUCCCCAUCGCAUCAAGGUCCAGAAGGCGCGCGAAGCUCGACAGGCCCAAAUCAAUGCCAAUCCGAAUGCUGUGGCCGAAGCAGCGGAGAAAGCAAAGAUUGCGGCAGCGGAGAAGCUUGCCAGCACUGCAACCUCCCGAAGCAACCGUGUCAACAAUCGACGUCUGGUCAACGACAUCAACCUGCAGAAGCAGAGCUUUGCAACGAGCGAUGCCGAUGUUGCCAUCCGGUUCAACCAACUGAAGAAGCGAAAGAAGCUCGUCAAGUUCGACCGCUCUGCCAUCCACGGCUGGGGUCUCUAUGCUGAGGAGAACAUUGGCAUCAAUGAACUCAUCAUCGAAUAUGUUGGUGAGAAGGUCCGACAGAAGGUGGCCGAUAUGCGUGAAAUCAAGUAUGAGAAGCAAGGUGUUGGCUCGUCCUACCUCUUCCGAAUGAUGGACGACGAGAUUGUCGAUGCGACGAAGAAGGGUGGCAUUGCACGUUUCAUCAACCACUCUUGCGACCCGAACUGCACGGCGAAGAUUAUCAAGGUCGAGGGCACGCCGCGUAUUGUCAUCUAUGCCCUCAAGGACAUCUACAAAAACGACGAACUUACUUACGACUACAAGUUCGAACGCGAGAUCGGAUCGACGGAUCGUAUCCCUUGCCUCUGCGGUUCUGCGAACUGCAAGGGCUUCUUGAAUUAG